CAUUCCUGUGUUCUGUUUUCAGCCUAUUUUGCAAUGCAGGUGAUCUACGCCCGUCGGAAGUACAAGAUUUCCCCUCCUGGAACAACAGGUCACCCUGAAUUUGAGCGGACCUUCAGAGCUCAGGCAAACUGCUCAGAGUACUUCCCAAUCUUCAUUUCCCUCCUCUGGGUUGCUGGAAUCUUCUUCCAUCAAGGUGUGACUGCAGCCUGUGGGCUCCUGUACCUCUACACCCGCCUCAGGUACUUCCAGGGCUACGCCGUGGCGGCGCAGGGACGGUUGGGACCACUGUAUGCCAGUGCCUGGCUGCUCUGGGUGCUGGUGGGGCUGGCACUGGCUGGGCUCCUGGCACACUUCCUGAGGCCCAGCUCCUCCACAUGGAUGGCAGCACUGGUGUGGCCUCUCCAGCUCUGUGGUGCCUGGUGAGAGGCGCCACAGCUCUCCCAAAACCGUGUUGCUCCUGGCACAGGGGAGCCAGUCAUGUAGCAUCAUCAGAGAGAGAAUAUUUCCCUGCCUCUGCAUUCCCUGCUGAAGGGAGAUGGAUGCUGGCACUCCUCUGGUCUUCAGAGAUAAUUUCCCUCCUAGAAAGCAAAUGCUUUCCAGCCCCUGCCCCUGCUGAGGAGCUUCACUGCUGGGCUUUGUAGCACUGUCUGCUCCAAAAUGCCUCUGGCUCUGCCUCAUGGAGCACAGAUUGACCCACAUGCUGUCAUCUCUCCUCCUUACUGCUGUAAUGAUCUAUGUUGAAGAAUCAUACCAUGGAUAUAAAAAAAAUAAAUUCUUUUUCUGACUAGAAA